UUAAUUGAGCCGAUGAUAAGUUAACGGCUCCUUAGGCCAGUUACGUCACAGGAGGGCGACACAUUCAUCUUUGUCAGUGAACAAAAUGGCGUCUUACUGCUUAACUGUCACUAGGCUUCGGCUGGCCCUUGGAACCGGGGCCAGGCGCUUUCAUGUCUCCUCAGCCUUCAGCGCCAAGGUGGCCAUGAGCCGCUUUGAGCCCGCCUCCAGCGUGAACUAUGGAAAGAUGCACGAGAACAUCAACAUUGUGCGCAGGAGGCUCGGCAGGCCUCUCACUCUGUCGGAGAAGAUCGUGUACGGCCACCUGGAUGAUCCAGCAGGCCAGGACAUUGAAAGAGGCCGCACCUAUCUGCGCCUGCGUCCAGACCGCGUGGCCAUGCAGGAUGCCACUGCUCAAAUGGCAAUGCUUCAAUUCAUCAGCAGUGGUCUGCCCAGGGUGGCCGUCCCCUCCACCAUCCACUGCGAUCAUCUGAUUGAGGCUCAGAUCGGAGGGCCGGAGGACCUGCAAAGGGCAAAGGAAGUGAAUGAGGAAGUCUACAACUUUCUUGCCACUGCUGCUGCCAAAUACGGAGUAGGCUUCUGGAAACCCGGAUCGGGAAUCAUUCAUCAGAUCAUCCUGGAGAAUUAUGCCUAUCCUGGCGUGAUGCUGAUUGGUACGGACUCCCACACUCCCAAUGGCGGUGGCCUGGGGUCCAUCUGCAUUGGAGUGGGUGGAGCUGAUGCCGUUGAUGUCAUGGCUGGAAUCCCUUGGGAGCUCAAGUGUCCUAAUGUGAUUGGAGUGAAGCUGACCGGAGCCUUGUCAGGCUGGACCUCGCCGAAAGACGUCAUCCUGAAGGUGGCUGGCAUCCUGACUGUGAAGGGCGGUACUGGUGCCAUUGUGGAGUAUCACGGGCCUGGAGUUGACUCCAUCUCCUGCACUGGGAUGGCCACGAUCUGUAACAUGGGUGCUGAGAUCGGAGCCACCACAUCCAUUUUCCCUUACAACCACCGCAUGAAGACGUACAUGGAAAAAACUGGCCGAGGAGAGAUUUCCGCCGUGGCUGAUCAGUUCAAAGAGGACUUGGUCCCGGAUAAUGGCUGUGAAUAUGACCAGGUCGUAGAGAUUAACCUGAGCGAGUUGAAGCCCCACAUCAACGGACCAUUCACGCCUGACCUGGCUCAUCCCGUGUCUGAGAUUGGAGCUACAGCGAAGAAGAACGGCUGGCCCCUGGAGGUUAAAGUUGGUCUGAUCGGUAGCUGCACCAACUCGAGCUACGAGGACAUGGGCCGGGCGGCCUCCCUGGCCAAGCAGGCUCUGGAUCGAGGCAUGAAGUGUAAGGCCCAGUUCACGGUGACCCCCGGCUCUGAGCAGAUCCGCGCAACUAUCGAGAGAGAUGGAUAUGCCAAGAUCCUGAGUGAUGUUGGUGGAAUUGUCCUCGCCAAUGCGUGUGGACCCUGCAUUGGACAAUGGGACAGGAAAGAUGUGAAAAAAGGAGAGAAGAACACUAUUGUCACUUCGUACAACAGGAACUUCACAGCUAGGAAUGACGCCAACCCAGCUACUCAUGCUUUUGUCACGUCUCCUGAGAUUGUCACGGCCAUGGCGAUCGCCGGGACCCUCGACUUCAACCCAGAGACCGACUUCCUGACCGCCCCCAAUGGAGAGAAGUUCAAGCUGGAAGCCCCCACUGGUGAUGAACUCCCCUCAAAGGACUUUGACCCGGGCCAGGACACCUACCAGUACCCCCCCGCCGAGAGCAGCUCAGUAAUGGUGAACGUGAGCCCAUCCAGCAACCGCCUGCAGCUUCUGGAGCCCUUCGACAAGUGGCAAGGAAAAGACUUGGAAGACAUGAGGAUCCUCAUCAAGGUGAAGGGGAAGUGCACCACCGACCACAUCAGUGCUGCCGGACCCUGGCUGAAAUUCCGCGGCCACCUCGACAACAUCUCCAACAACAUGCUGAUCGGCGCAGUCAACAUUGACAAUGACGCUGUCAAUAAGGUCAAGAACCUGCUGACAGGGGAAUUCGGAGGUGUGCCCGAUGUGGCCCGCCACUACAAGGCCAAUGGAGUGAACUGGGUGGUGGUUGGAGAUGAGAACUAUGGCGAGGGGUCCAGUAGGGAGCAUGCUGCCUUGGAGCCACGCCACCUAGGAGGACGCGCCAUCAUCGUCAAGAGCUUUGCCAGAAUCCACGAGACAAAUCUGAAGAAGCAGGGCCUGCUGCCUCUGACUUUUGCCGACCCCAAAGACUACGACAAAAUUCGCCCAGAUGACAAGAUUUCAAUCAGUGGGCUGAAGUCACUUUCUCCUGGCAAGCCCCUGACGGCAGUAAUCAAGCACAGUGAUGGCAGCCAGGAGUCCUUCCCUCUUAACCACACCUUCAAUGAGACGCAGAUCGAUUGGUUCAAGGCCGGCUCCGCUCUCAACAGGAUGAAGCAACUCCAGUAACUGCUGGAAAGGACGGAGGUGGGGCCUGUAGGGGCCAUUGAGGGGCCUCGGCGUGGGUUAAGAAGGGGAGAAAUGUGGGCCUAGAGAGGCGUGGACGGUAGAGUGUAACCAGACCUGUUGGUUUAGGGGGCAGCUCAAUUGAAGACAACACACAAACAUACACACAGGCAUGUACAUGCACGGUCAGAAUUACUGUGAAAGCCCUCCCCAAUGACAGGCAGAAUAACAGAAACACAUUCAACCAAUCAGACCGAAGCAUAAUAGGCAGCAUUGUUUUCACCUGCAGCGUUCCUUCACCCAGCAGUAAAGAAACCCGAAUCAGCCCCUGAAUUGAUGAAGUAAUAAAGUUUGUCUCAAUGAUUUCCAUCCAAACAGCUCCAUAAGCUCUCUGUUGUUCAACGCGCAGAAAUGUUCUUUUCCUUCGUUUCCCCCAGAACCUCCUUGCUACGUUCUCUCUCCUAUUGUCACCAAGCGGCGAUUAACUCUGCUGGUCGUCCGUCAUUUUCCACCUGUACUAAGCUGCUAGAAGGCCAAUUGUAGUUUGGAGCCACAGUGUAAACCGUUCACCAGAAACAAUCAUUUACUGUAAUCCCAUCAGUCCCUGCUCGGUCAUUGGAGCCCAGUGUGCAUCACUCAGUCUGACAACUUGUGUUUCCAUGCUGCUGCUGUUGCACUUCUUAUUUUGUGCUUUCCCAGCCCGCAUGUGAAUCUGCACUUGCUCCCCGCUGCUCUCCCAUCGGUUGCUUGCUCCUUCUCUUGUCUUUUUGUAUGAUAUAACAGCCCAUUGUGUGACAACAACCACCACACAUACUGCAUUGUUGUUAGCGCUAGCCUUGCUAUUCUCUCUUCUUUCCAUCAGUGAUUCGUUAUGGACGUGGGCUGUAAUCCGAUUUGUGUUGCUACAAAACAAAGUGUCAUUUUUAAUGUACAUUCACUCAGACACAGGAAAUCUUUUGUGUCGAUAGGAAAUGGCAGCAUAACGGUUUCAGGAAAAGUCAUCUGCGAUGUCCAGAGAAAGCGCUUCUCUUUGAUAGUAGGUCUUUUGUCUAAUUGUCCCAAUGAGAUCCUGUGUAACAAAGCUUCCCCGAUGUUAUUGUGGUUUUCUCGCGUAGCUGCAAUGGGAGACAUGAUGCGUUUGUCCAGGCGUUGAAGGUUUCUCUUCAGGUUGAGGUUGGCUCUUGCAGAGCAUGAGGAGGGCCUGCUGUCUUCUUACACUAACUAACGCACAAUCUAGUGUCCAGAUGCCUGUACACUAGCACUUUGUAGAGUUAGGAAAGUAGUUGUAGGUGUGCUUUGCCACGCUUCCUUUCAUUCUCUGCAAACAUUUCACUCUUCAGCGCCCAUCUCGUGUGUGUCUGUGAGAGAGACUGUAGGACUGACAUAGAACUUCUAAUAUUCAUUAUUGAUGCACAUGUGCGACUGUAGAAAUGAUUCAAGACUAAGAACCAGUAAACUUUCUUGUUUUGAUAGUUUUGUCUUGCCAUGAUGGAGACCCAGUACGCACCACUGAAACAGGCUGGUCAUAUAUUUUUGUGGGCUUAUGGAUGUUUUGGGGUCAUACGCUGUUUAGUUCUAAUCACAUCAACAUCUGUCUUUUAAAGCUGUAACUUCUCAUUUGUUCAGUCUAUGAAGAACUCGCUUAGAUUUGAUAUUUAUAGUAACCUAGUAGUUCACUCCCUGUGUGCUAAAAAAGGAAUUUGGACCUGUGUGUAAAUGAUGUGAUAUAAAUAGCAGCACUGUAUAGGGGUGUGUACAUACAUGAUACAUGAAUUAUAUAUAUAUAUCAAAAUAAAAAGAGAGAGAGCAAGUAACCUGCUGCCGUGUCUGAAUGAGAGCUGUUAACUCUGACGCCUCGUAGCGCCGUGUCAUGAAGUGUGACGGUCCUGCGUUCGUCGUGGAUCUCACGGUCUCCCAAAGCGGUUCUGGAUUGGGGCUCAACUUAAAGCACACAUACUGGAUUGUAGUGUUGCUGCUGUGUUUCGACGGGGGGGGGGAAGAGGACUUGUAAGUUCUAGGAAGGAGACUUUUGGCGGCGUUGUGCAUAGUUCUUAGUAGUUUUGUUCAAAUCAUUUUCAGUGACCGGUGAUCAGAAACUGCAGCAGCCCAAUUUUUUUUUUUUUAAAGAUGUUUUGGAUAUUGAGUCCAUGACGGGUUCCUCUGUUCAUAGAGUCAACAGCAUCACGUCUUCAUGCACUCUUUAAAAACAUCACAUUGUUAAACACUCACCACUGCCAAAGAUGCCUAAUCGAAAUACUAAUGCUUAUCCAUAAGUGUUGUUUGAGAAAUCAACCAUUAUUAUGUGAUCUUUCAAAUAAAUCACUGUGUGCAUCAUAAUCUCAUUACGUUCAGGGUGUUGAACUAGAGAGUUAACCAGGGUCAAUGCUAGUUGGGAAAACAUCUUAAAUACGGAUUUGUUAAUCAUCCUUCGUCAGCACAUUUUAUUUAACAGCUGCCUGUGAAGCAGUUUGCUCAUCCUGUGAUUGUAGUUCCUGUGAUUGUUGUUUUUAAAAAGCGCUGCUGUAGAGUGACUAAUCAAAUGUUAUUUGUAACGGAGGCACACAUACUGUCAUUUGUACUCCGGUGUGCUUUGUUUGGUCAAGCUUCCUCUGAUGUGUUUUAAGAAAAUUUUGCAACAUGCUUCAUCUGUUCAGAUACAGCAAAUAAAUAUGGAAUAUGAACAGCUGUUUAAUGAUUCCCCACACAAUCCUGUUUCAGCAAUUAACUUUAAAGUAUAUUUCAAAAUGCCUGCAGUUAUAUUGUUUUAAAGACUGAAAAUAUCUUGACAAUAAGAAAAUAACCAGUAAAUUAAUAAAGACAAAGUUGUGAAGUGAA